GGCGGGAGGGAACUGUGACAUGAUCACUGCGUUCUGUGGCCAGCGACAGUGACCGGGGUGGAAGCGGACAGAACUGAUUCAGACUGACUGACUGGUGGACACACACUGAACUGCUGUCUUACGCGAUUCCUGGCCACAGCCAAGAAGAGACGGGGUGUCCGGAAGAGAAACUACAGGGAAGAGCCAGUUACACAGCGGACGAGAGGAGGCAGGUUUACAACAGCUAUAUUCAUCUGACAGCGCGGCUCCCGGUUUUCUCCAGGCUCCGAAGAAGCGACCUAUAAACCGUUUUUGGACCUUUUGUGGCUACGUUUUGAUAAGCUGCGGAUCCUUGCAACGGACAAACAAUGGAAAACGGUGUGAUAUCUCACCGGGGCAAGGUGCUGACCACGGACACCAUGAACCCCAACGUGAAGAAGGUUGAAUACGCGGUGAGGGGCCCCAUCGUGCAGCGUGCGGUGCAGAUCGAGAAGGAGCUCAAAGCGGGAAUGAAGAAGCCCUUCUCCGAGGUUAUCAAGGCCAACAUCGGCGAUGCCCACGCCAUGGGCCAGCGACCAAUCACCUUCCUCAGACAGGUCUUGGCGCUCUGCUCUUACCCGGAACUCCUGAAUGACAACAAGUUUCCAGAGGAUGCAAAAAACAGAGCACGCCGCAUUCUCCAGUCCUGUGGAGGGGGAAGUAUUGGGGCCUACAGUGCCAGUCAGGGUAUAGAGAGCGUGCGGCAGGACGUGGCGCGCUACAUUGAGCGUCGGGAUGGCGGGAUCCAAAGCGACCCCGACAACAUCUACCUCACCACCGGCGCCAGUGACGGCAUCGUGACGAUGCUGAAGCUGCUGGUGAGCGGGGAGGGGCGGGGCCGCACCGGGGUGAUGAUCUCCAUCCCGCAGUACCCGCUGUACUCGGCGGCGCUGGCCGACCUGGGCGCCGUGCAGAUCAGCUACUACCUGGACGAGGAGCGCUGCUGGAGCCUGGACGUGCGGGAGCUGCGGCGCGCGCUGAACGCCGCGCGAGAGCACUGCCAGCCCCGCGCCCUCUGCAUCAUCAACCCCGGCAACCCCACCGGUCAGGUCCAGAGCAGGCAGUGCAUUGAAGAUGUGAUCCGAUUUGCUGCUGAAGAGCACCUCUUCCUAAUGGCUGAUGAGGUGUAUCAGGACAACGUGUAUGCAGAGGGCUGUGAGUUCCACUCCUUUAAGAAGGUGCUGUUUGAAAUGGGACCAGAGUAUUAUAAAACAGUGGAGCUGGCCUCCUUCCACUCUACCUCCAAGUGCUACAUGGGAGAGUGUGGCUUCCGUGGAGGUUACAUGGAGGUGAUCAACCUGGACCCUGACGUGAAGGUCCAGCUCACCAAGCUGGUGUCGGUCCGGCUGUGCCCCCCUGUACCGGGUCAGGCCUUGCUGGACCUGGUGGUCAACCCCCCACAGCCCGAUGAACCCUCCUACGCCACCUUCAUCAAGGAGCGCACGGCCGUCCUCACUGCCCUGGCAGAGAAGGCCAAGCUGACAGAGCAGAUCCUGAACACGGUCCCCGGGAUCACCUGUAACCCAGUGCAGGGGGCCAUGUACUCCUUCCCCCGAAUCACCCUCCCGGAACGGGCCAUCACAGAGGCCAAGGAGAAGGGCCAGGCCCCGGAUAUGUUCUACUGUAUGAAGCUGCUUGAGGAGACUGGAAUCUGCCUGGUCCCAGGAAGUGGAUUUGGACAGAGGGAGGGAACAUUUCACUUCAGGAUGACCAUCCUGCCUCCCAUGGACAAGCUGAAGGUCCUGCUGGCCAAGGUGAAGGAGUUCCACCAGAGUUUCACCCAGCAGUACUCCUAACCCCCUGCACUGAACCCCCCUCCCCCUAUACAUCCCUGCUGGAGCUGGUUCUCCCGAGAGAGAACGAGAGACAAAGAGACUGUUAGAGAGGAGAGAGAGAGUGUAAGAGAGAGUCUGUGUGCGUGAGGGAGUGUGAGAGAGAUAGAUACAUUCGCAGCAACACACUGAAUUAGAUGGUCAGUUCGUCAGCUAGUGCCUCUCCAUUGAUCUGACUGUCACCAUGUCACCGCACUUUCUCUCAAACUUUGUCCCCCCCUCCCCGUAACCUCCAGCCUUUAAGAGUGGCAUUUUAGGCCCUGUCCACACGUACACGGGUAUUUUUGAAAACGUAGCUUUUUCUAUGUGUUUUGGCCUUUCGUCCACACGCAAAUGGCGUUUUAGGUCACUGAAAAGGGAGCUUUUGCAAAACACCUUCCAGGGUGAAGAUUUUCAGAAACUCCAUUUUCAGUGUUGAUGUGUAGACAGGAAUAACAGAGUUUUUGGUUUGUAACGUCAGAGUGUGCGCCGUUAUCUUUUUUGUUUACAUGAUUUUGUGCAAUGGCGGACAUAGCCAAAAUACUUUUGGUUUUAACAUUUCCAACAGGACUUUUUACAUGUUUACACAUACAUGUACAGUUACAUACAUCCACACAUACGAUUCCCCCCUUCCUCGAUGUGCCAUUGUUGUUAGCCUACCAGAACCGUCAAUAACUUUUUUUCAGGCUUCUGACUGGCCAACAUGGAUUUACGAUUAGGGUUAUAUCGCCGCCUGUCGGUUUGGCAUGCUCUUGACAGCACUUGACAGCGUGUUUUUGCAUUUUCAUGUGGAUGGAGAUUUUUUUAAAAUGGUGCUCGUGUGGACGGAGAUUUU